AGUUUGCCGCAACAACAACAAGCACCGUUCGUGUUCUCGAGGAAAAAGAUCAACAAGUAUCCUCCGUUGCUCUUCACUUUGCACGACUUUCAGAACGUGAUGGCCGACACGUUGCAGCAAGCGGAGGGGGUCGAGGCAGAGCUCGACGGGAAAGAUUCGUCGGAGUUUUCCACGUCCAUCCUGGACGAUCCUCGUCGAGACGCUUUCCCUCGCCGGGAUUCCUUCCACGAAUUCUUCGAGAAAUCGUUGGAUGACGAGGGGAGCGAGCUCUCGUUCCGCGUCACCACCACCAAUCUUCCGUUCGAGAAAUGUUUGGACAGGUGGGCGGCCACCCUCGAGGAUCAGAUAAUGGAAAAUAUGGACGAGCCGAGCAAUUUCAUCUUCGAGGAUUACAUGGACAGAAGCAACAGGGUGAACAUCCGCCGAUCGUCCGCCCCGAUGUGCUACGACGCGAAGGACGAGAAGGAGGGUUCGAAGAUAGUGGCGAAGUUGACCAAGGUGAGAUUCGUGAUCGAGUCGUCUAACUCCUCGACCCCGGAACGGGGGUUGGACGAACGCGAUGACACCGAGUUGCCGAGUAUCGAUGAUUCCUUGGAGAGCGAGGGGGCGGACGAUUGGAAUCGCGCCUCUUCCGUCCGAUUGACCGAGAUCACGAACAAAGAUGCGAAUUGGACGAAGGUUUUCGGGCGAGGCCUCCAGGAGGACGAGUUCGGUGACGUGCCGUUUAGCUCCGUUCUGAGGAACAGUUCGGGGGAAUGGUCCUUCGAGGACGCGAAUGAGAUUUUCGUCGAGACGGUUGGAUCAUCAUUGGGGAACGAGAAGGAUUCUAGUUCUAAUUCGGCGGGAUUCGAUUCGAGGAGUCAGGUUUCCUCGUGGCCCGAGGAAAAGUUGAAAAUCACGGAGUUUAAGGACGAAUUUUUCGAGGGGAGGGAUAGUUUUAACGCGACAAAAUUCGACUCGAGGAGUCAGGUUUGCUCGUGGGCCGAGGAAAAGUUGAAAAUCACGGAGGUUGGGGAAGAGGAGGGGUUGAAAACGGAGCGCUCGUCCGAGAAGCCGGCUGAGAAGGGUGGUUUUGCGGAUACCGCUUCGAACAACAAUGUGGAAGACAAUAAAGAAUAUUUAAUAAAUGAGCAUAAUUUGACGAAUAUUACGGGAAUUAUUUGGGAAACUGCCGCUACUGGAACGGAAGAUAAUUCGAAAAGCGAAUUGAUCGGAAACGAAAUAAAUUUUGUCGGAAAGGGAUCGGCGGUUGGCGAGAAAGAGGAUUCGUUUGCUGCUGCUAUUGAAGAUAAAUCAUUGACAAUAAAUAAGACGAAAGUCUUGGAUGGAGCGACGAACGAGGCAGGGAAUAACGUUUUAAAAAAUAAUUUAUUAUCGAACGUAAGGGAGAGCGAAGAGGCGUCGUCGUCGUCGAUCGAGGAAGAUACGAAUGUUGACGGGUGCGUAAAAAUUAUCGACCCGCCCGAUCGAUCAACGCUGGAAUACAAGAGAAAGAUUUUCGUGAACGAGACUCUUCGAAGCAUGAUGAAUCAUUACUAUUUCACGUCGAACGACUUGCAGGAAGAAAGUGAGGAUUCCGACUCCUUCGAGUCGAACGAUAUCCCUUCGAACGAGGGAAAUCCUCAGAAAGAGAGGAGAGAGGCGAUCAUAGACGGGGAUAAGGCAACGGAUAACCCAAUUACACGAAACGAUGGAAAAUCGCAGGAUUAUCGUAACGAAUUGCCUUUGGAUAAAAAGAAAAGUGUUCCGGUCGAUAUCAGACGAAACUUCUUCCUGGAGAAUAUGUUAUCCGAGGAGACGGACGAAUCGUGGACGAGUUGCAGGAUCAUCGCCGCGCAGCCAAAAUCACCCGCGAAGGAAAAGGAGGGGAGGAAGGUGGCGGAUCGGUUGAACGAGUCGAUAAAAAUGGAUUUGGAGAUCCAGAAAAUUUUGCAAGAAUCGAAGGAGGUGGGCGAAACAGAUUUAUCGAAGGUCGUCGAAACGGGGAAGAAAAACGCCAGUGACGUCAAGUGCGACGUAUUGAACGAGUUGCUCUCCAAUUUUAACAGCAUAAAAUUGAAACCGGUGAGUCGCGUCGAGAAGAAGAGAAGCGCGGAUGAAAGUGGAUCGGAGAGAGAAUCUAGGAACGAUUGUAAUUCGCCCGUAGUUCGGAGAACGAGCGACGAGGAUAUAGAUUCGGAAUCGACGAGGAAAAUUCCGAACAACUGGAAGCGCGACGACGAACUAGAGAAGAAACAAUCUCAAGAUGAUGUCAACUUCCCCGUUCCAACCGAAUCAUCCGUUGAACCGGAUAGGAUGGAUUCUCGUUGUCUCUCGACGGAGCAGGAACGAUAUCAAGCCUGCCCUGCCAGAGGAACGAUUCCAAAGAGCUCGUCCGUAGAAACUGGCGUGGAACCGAUCGAAGCUGGAGAAAUUAGCAAAGAUCUUGGCGACGAAGAAAGGAUCAAGAGUCAAUACAAGUCGGAAUUGGAUAGGAGGACGAGGGAAGAAGAAUGGACGGGAAGGAAAAGCGACGGCGAUGUUGAAGGGAGAACGCGCGACGGAAAGGAAAACGGAGGAGGAAGGUUGGAGGAGGAAGCGCAGACGGGUGGCUGCAGUGAAAAGACUGACGCGAGGGACGAGUCUUAUUAUAAUCGUGGCGCGAUCGCGCGACAGUUAAACGCGAUCAGCGGCGAGAAGAAGAGUGCCAUAGCUAGAAGGAAUUCUCGACCCCAUUGUAAUAAUAAUGACAAUAACAGGGCCGUAACGACACCCGUAGUUCUAAGCGACGACCAAUCCCGUGACGUUGUAACGAUAACCCCGGGUAGAGUUAGGAAAUUCGUCAAGUACUACGAGAUUCGACACGAGGUGACCACGACCGACAAAGAUUCUAAAGCUAACGAUAGAUUAGACGGGGAGGUGAUGUUGGGCCAUCGGUCCGUAUACAGCAUCCGUAGGGGUUUGGAGGCGAGGGCGGACACGUUGAACAAGAAGAAGAAGAGGAGGAACGAUUCGCCGACGGGCAACCAGAGGCGCGAGAGAUCGUCGUCGGCCAAUUCGACGAGGAAGGAAAGCGGGAUGGACGAAAAUACGGGGAUAAUUGAGAAGGUCGGAAAGCGCGGGGACUCGAGUCUGGCGACGGGCGAAGACCGUGUUGUCGGGGAUGACCUCCUCAUCGAGGAUGAUCAAGCGGAGGCGAAGAGGGAAGAGAUGGUACGCGUGUCGUCGUGUACGCGUGCCGGUAAAACGAAACGGAAGAAAUCGGUGAAAUUUCAAGGUGGUUUCACUGUGAUCGGUGCCAAGAGUCUGGAAGAUAAUGGCCCCGGGGGGAGCCCCGAUGGCCAGAAGCCGGUGGAAAGGAGGAAGAUUCCCGACAGACCGAGGCAGAGAGGAGCUGCUCUCGUCGACAAAGUGGAUUUCCAAGAUGGACAGUCCGAGGAAUUGGCCGACGCUGACUCGCGCUCUUUCGAGGACAGAGAUAUUGCCGCUGCUCAGAUACAAGCCGCAGCGAAAUGUGAGGAAUGUUCAGGUAUUAAUCGCUUCGUUUCAAAACCAGAAACCCCACGCCUCGUAUUUUACUGUACUGUAUAGUUAUAAAUCGUAGUUUCUAAAAGUCGUCGUCGUCGCCGCCGUUCCUUCGAAUCUCGGACUCGAGAUUUAACCACGACGUUUUUUUGUAGCGUCAUAGCUAAAUUAAGUCUUUUCCAUACGUUAAUUUUCCGAGCCUUGACCGAAGAACAGAUUUUUCACCGCCCCGUGAAAAAUAGAAUCGCGCAGAAUUUCAUUUUC